GUCAGCAGGAAGUUCGACUUACCAAAUCUGGGAAAUGAAAUGCCGGUAGCUAGACUAACUUGCACGCUAUCAAACACUCUAGUGUAAAGCUUUGAUGUUAGGGCUUCUAUAUAUGUAAUUACCUCCUUUAUCUACAAUUAACACUCUCAAUGCUUGAUAAUUAAUACAUCGUACAACGACAGGAGAUGCGUGGACCUUCGGCUUUUUGCUUGCUCGUCUUCUUCUUCUUCUUCUCGGGGCAUGUUUCCGACGUCCAUAGUACCAAACAUGUAUGUAAGACUAGAGAUGACGACAGCUAAAGGCUGAAUAUAGGUAUAUCGACGCCAGGCUCGGCCGCCGACGCCGUGUAAGCCUGCCAUUGGUUGGAUGGUGUAUUCCAAGAGAGGCGCAGCCUAGGACGCGUAACCUUGAUAUCUUGACACUGCACUACUAUGUGCCAUGAGUGAAGUAUGCAAGCAGGGCUUGGCCUGUAUAUUCCGGUGGUAGGUAGUAAGCUCAUCUCUCCCUAGGGCACCGAUUCCAAUGCCGAGACAUGGUGUACACCACUAACUCCUGACACCGCAAACUAAAUUACAUAGGUCCAUACUUAGUAUGGCAGUUGGAUCUGCGUGGGGAGUUCCGUUGCUAACGUGCCGGAGAAGGUCUGCACGGCAUCUACUAUCUAGCGUCAAGAUAUUGAGAUGCGUACACUCUACUGCUACCCAUAUGAAAUAGCUAAGUAACCAGACAGCAAAAGAAGGUAUUCAAGGCGAAGCAACGUAUUGUGGCGCUAGAUUUCGCACUAACGUUAAAAAUCGGCCGAUGAUAUAUUGGCCAAGUGAAGAAUUCGUCGCCGUGGGAUGAAACAGGUUGUCUGCCUGUGUGGUUGCGUGCAGAAAUGAUGCACUUGCAACACAUAGCCCACUAUGAUCCUGGAAACGGCAUUAGCAGAUCUGCCAAAUGGGACUCGGAAAUCUAUCCAAUGGGUUUUCGGGCUUCAUUCACAUCGGGGGUAACUCAAUCCCGUGAGUAUCCCCGAGCCGACGGAUUGUGCAACGCUUCAUCGGGUUAAGAGCUCAACAUCAAACACGACACAAACUCUCAUGUGAAUUGAGAAGAGAAUGCAAAAUGGUAUCUAGUAGGUGUUGGCAUCCAUGGCGCCGGCGAUCUACUGUCGACGUGUAUUUCGCCUUUCUUUUCUUACUAUGCAAGGGAUUUCCCAGAGAAGAGGUGACGUCUAGAUUCAUCUCAUUUGCCGUAUCGGGUCAAGAAAGACUUGGCUCUGGUAGUGCGCACGAUUGGUGCGCUGCACUAGGUGCACCAUGUAGAAAAUUUAAUAUCAACCGAAUCAAAGGUGUUUAGCUGUGCCAUGAUAUGCUAUCGGAGUUUACCGUGGCAACUAUCUAUUUGAAAACUGGCUGUACACAUAUCUACCUACCUAGUUAAAUCGUCUGACGACUCAGAUAUCUCACCGAGAGUCGUUCGCCGACGGAUCUACGCUGUGCCGAACAUAGCCUACAUAUGUGACUAACCAACUGCAUCAGUUGGUUGACUGGCAUAUGCCUCGCCAGGCCACCACAAAAUAAGGAUAUCGAAAGGAAAAAUAGAGAGAAUAAUUUCAACCAGC